AUGGCUGGUCAACUCGCCAUGACGGACGAUCUGCUCGCGUACGUCGAGGGGAUCUCGGGUCCCGCCGACGCCGUCCUCGCCGGACUGCGCGCCGACAGCGCCGGUCUGCCGGGCGGCACCGUGAUGCCGGUGAUGCCGGCGGAAGCCGCUCUCCUCGCCUGGCUGGUCCGCCUGCGCGGUGCCCGGCGGGUGCUCGAGAUCGGUACGUACACCGGCUACGGCGCGCUCGCCAUGGCGUCCGCGCUCCCGCCCGGGGGGCGACUCGUCACCUGCGACGUCAACCCGAAGUGGGUGGCCUUCGCCCGGCCCUACUGGGAGCGCGCCGGGGUCGCCGACCGCAUCGAGACCGUGAUCGGUGACGCGUCGGCGAGCCUCGACGCGAUGCUCGCCGAGGACCCGAGCCGGUCGUUCGACCUGAUCUUCGUCGACGCCGACAAGGCGAACUAUCCGGCCUACUUCGAGCGGGUCGUCGACCUGGUGGUCCCGGACGGACUGCUGGUCUUCGACAACACGCUGCUCGACGGUCGGGUCGUCGACCCGGGCGCCGACGACGCCGACACCCGCGGUAUCCGCACGGUCAACGAGCUGCUCCGCGACGACGACCGGGUCGACGUGUGCGUGCUCCCGCUCGCCGACGGCGUGACGCUCGCCCGACGGCAGCCGUCCUGA